AUGCUCUUCUUGUUUGCAUUUUCUGGAGUAACUUAUGCAAAGACUGCAAGAAAGGCUUAUAUUGUCCAUAUGUUGAAGUCCAUGAAACCCCAGCACUUCAAUUUGCAUGAGCACUGGUAUCAUUCAAUUAUCACCCACGCAACUUCUAAUGCCUCCACAUCUGAUCCCAGUGUCUUGUUAUAUACGUAUGACGUAAUCCUCCAUGGCUUUGCGGCCAAGCUGACCAAUGCGGAGGCUGCAUCUUUAGAGAGCGUGGACGGCUGUCUAGCUGUGAUUCCAUCCUCUCUCAAUAAACUUCAUACCACUUACUCACCUCAGUUUCUUGGCCUCACCGGCUAUGGCAGAGGAAAGUGGUUGCAGCAGUUAAAUCGCGGAGAAGAUGUGAUAGUGGGAGUGGUGGACACAGGAAUAUGGCCUGAGAGUGAAAGCUUCAAUGAUAAGGGUUUGGGGCCUAUACCUUCCAGAUGGAGGGGCAAAUGUGAAAGCGGAGAGCAAUUCAAUUCCUCCUCCUGCAAUAGGAAACUAAUCGGAGCUCGGUUUUUCUUGGCCGGCUACAAAUCGCAUGGAGGUGAGAAUUUCGGAUCGGGUGAGGAUUUCACAUCAGCGAGAGACAGCCACGGCCACGGCACACAUACUGCUUCUAUUGCUGCGGGAUCUGCUGUUAGUGGAGCGAAUUUCAAUGGCUUUGGUAAUGGAACGGCCAUGGGCAUGGCGCCUGCGGCCAGAGUGGCCGUGUAUAAGGCCUGCUGGGGACUGAAUGGCACGUGCGAUGACAGCGACGUAGUUGCGGCUAUGGAAAAAGCCACCCAAGACGGCGUCGACAUUAUUUCUCUGUCAAUUGGCUAUGCGUCUGAGAAUCCAUUCUACAUGGAUCCCCAUUCGCUAGCAGCAUUCGGUGCCAUAGAGAAGGAUGUGUUAGUUUCCGCCUCUGCUGGUAACGAAGGGCCUUUCUCAUCUUCUCUUUCAAACACGGCACCGUGGAUAACUACUGUGGGCUCGAGCAGUAUGGACAGAGAGUUUCUCUCCCUUGUGAAGCUCGGGAAUGGGGAGGUGUUCAAAGGCUCGUCGUUUUACAGAGGAGCUGGGAUUCAAAAUCUGCCUCUAGUCUACGAUUAUUGCAGCAACCUCGGUGUCGAUCCACAUCUUUUUAAAGGUAAAGUUGUGAUGUGCAAUUCUCAUGACGAUUCGAUGGAAACAGCAAGGGUUCUGAAGAACGCGGGCGCAGCAGGAGUGAUAUUUGUUAAUUCUGAAUUGGUCGGUGCCCAAGAUAUACCCCAGGACCAACCGUAUUUGCCCGCUACCAGAGUGAGUUUUUCGACUGGGGAAAAGAUAAAAGCCUACGUUAACAGCACGGCAACGCCUAUAGCCACGAUCAACCCCACGGGGUUGACAGUGGUGGGAAAAGCAAUCGCUCCCAUUGUGGACGUGUAUUCUUCCCGGGGUCCAAGUGCUUUAUAUCCGGAAAUUCUUAAGCCGGAUCUAAUUGCGCCAGGCUCCAACAUUUUGGCUGCGUGGAAGGAGGGUGGCUUCAACAUAAUUUCUGGGACUUCAAUGUCGUGUCCCCAUGUCAGCGGGAUCGCAGCGCUCAUACGAGUCUCCCAUCCGACGUGGAGUCCUGCGGCAAUCAGAUCGGCUCUGAUGACUACGGCAUCCAUGCUCGAUAACAGAAAGCAGCCCAUCAAAGAUGCGUUAACCUUGCGAGCUGUGGACCCGUUUGCGAUGGGUGCAGGUCACGUAAAUCCAAGGGCGGCGCUGGAGCCGGGGCUGGUGUACGAUUUGGGCCCUCAAGACUACAUCAACUAUCUGUGUGGUGGCCUCAACAACUACACCGAAAAGCAAAUUGCCCUCCUCAGCCACAAGUGGCCUCCCUGCCCCAAAUCGAAAUCAGGUGCAGAUCUUAAUUACCCAUCUUUUUCAGUUGUAUUUGAGUACGGAGAACGUGUUCAGGUGAAAAGGAGGACAGUUACCAACGUGGGCAGCGACAAUGCUGUAUACAAAGUGUGGGUGAAGAGCAGUCCAAACGUAAAGGUAAGCGUGGAGCCAGAUACAUUGGUGUUCAAGAAACGGAGUGAGCGGACAAGUUUUAAUGUGACAUUCGAAAGUAAAGUAGAUGGGAGCGAGGAGGGAGAGUACGGGGAGAUAACGUGGAAAUGCAUCCAAGGCGGAAUGCACAUCGUUCGUAGCCCAAUUGUCGUUCUCUGGAUUACGCUUUAA